CAGAAAGACCGUAUUCUCUGUACCGUUCAGAAUGGUACAGAAUAAAAGCGUUUCGAGAUUAUCAACAUUUGGUUUUCAGCCUUAAACACUUCAUUUGGGUUUGAAUGUGAUGCAUGAACAGCAAGAAAGAAAAGAAAAUCAGCAAGAGGUUUUGUUGACGUUUUCACAGACCGAAAACCAGCAUACAAGAAACCAUGAUGAUUAUUUUUUAACAGUAGCAGAUAAACGUUCAAAGUAUUUCUUGGGUCCACUGUUAUACAUCACCUUUGAUUGUUAGACAUCAUCGCAUUAAUGAGUUAAACAAAAAAAAACUUUCCCUUCACUAAGAUGUGCUGCUUUGCGUCCAUGUUUGAAACCCAACUCCACUAAAAUGCACCAAAGUGUGAAAACUUGACGAUGUUUUCACACCUCGGUCCUGGACUGCAUCAGGACUUUACAGGAGGUGGUAGAUGUCAGAUACCGACUGAGAAAACUGAGAGUUUAUAAAGAAAGAGAUAAAAAAAAAAAAACUUCUUUAGCAUAAUGCACGUUUUCCAUCACAUAUGAUAUCCAAAGGAUUAUUUUAGAAACUGUUACAGUUAUGAGAUUGUUUAAAAAUGUACAUCUUGUAAAAAUGAUGAAUGAAGGGUUUUCUUGUGUGAAAAAAAAGAAUGUUUAAAGUUUGAGAAAGAUGAUGAAUGUAUGCGAUUUGCUAAUGUUCAGUUUAACCGACCCUACAUAACGUUUUACUGCUCAAUUAGAUUGAUCAAGUAAGAAAAAGAAAAAGUGAGACGUCUCCACCUUUUUCCUCUUGUCUACAUGGCAAGUCUGUAGUCAAAGUCCACCUGUUUGCUUUGCUGUUUCUCUGAUAAACUGUUAGAUCUGACGUCGUUCUGCCCCAUUUAUGAAAAAACAUUUCUCUGGUUUUUUUCUUUGUCUGAUGUUACAUUUUUUUUAAAGUUUGAAACUUAAGCCAAUAUAGAAGAAACUAUAUAAAAAUAUGCUUUAUUAAAAACUUGAUUGUUGCAAUAAAUGUAACCUCCUGACUCAUCACAGGGAAACUGAGCAGCGAAACUUGAAAUCUUGAAGUCUGAGACAAAAGUUCACUAUGGACUGCAGUGAGUAAGAGGAGAAAAAAAUGAAGAGGAGAAGAUCUUCGCUACAGUCCGACUCUGGACAGGAAGAACAAAGUUUAGACGCAGAAUAUAACCUGAGAAAAAGAGAGAGUGUCAACUAUCACGAUGAAGAUUAUUAUUAUUACAAUGAGGAAGAAGACAACUGCAACCAGUCACUAACACACGAAGAUCGAGAACUGUGGCCUGUAAGCUGUAGGGACAAAAAGGGGAUGAUGGAUGUCCAAAAGCUGGCGAAAAGUGAGGAGUGUAUAGAGUGUGAGGGCCGCAUGUUCACCCCGCCUGCCUUUGAGAACUUUGCAGGAAAAGGCUCGUAUAAAAAAUGGAAACUCAGCAUAUUCUCUGAUGGAAAACCUCUGCAACAUUGGUUUGAAAAAGGCCUUCUGCACACUGAGGGAUUCAAAAGAGGGACAAAGACGUAUAAAAAGAAAGGUAAAACAUUUCAGAACAACAGAGAGAAACCAGCUCAUAAUUUAAGACGACGCGACACUCAGGGAGCCAGAGAGUCAGGAGCAGAAGCUACAGACGACUCUGAGAACGACGAUGGGAUUCCUUCAGGCUCUAAGUUACGGAGGACCGAGGAAGAGAAAGAGAGAAACGACUCAGACCAUCCGGAAGAAAGACGAGAUGAGCAACCGGAUGAAAUGGAAAACAAUAAAGGCCUCUACGCUCCUAAAGAACCUGAUCCGAGGUUGAUCAUCUCAACACCUGAAAAACUCGCGUUGCAGUUGAACUCGAUUGUUCUCCUCCAAAGAAUGUCGAUGACGAGGAGUCGCUCUCAGACCUCCGCUGUGGAUCAUCAACUCAGAGACAAUGAGGAAGGAGGCGGAGAUUCAGAGAUGAGUUACUAUGAAAAGACAAAAAGCGGUGAGAGAGAAAACCUCAUAGAGGACGGCGAGGAACCAGCAGAGAGUCAUACGGCAGACGUGGCCACAAACACUUCCCCCCAACAAGAACCGGUCGAGCAGAAGAUCCACGAAUUACUGAGUCUUUCUGCUGAAACUUUGACUAUGCCUGGUCCGAGCUCAUGUGACAAUCACACGGACGUUAUCUGCUUGGACCAAUUCGAAUCAGAGACGAUGUCGGAGACGAGAAGCAUCUGCGAUUCGGACAGCACUCGCAUCUCGGACAAGGUGGAGACCUCAACAUCGGGGGUCUUGACCGGGUCCGAUAUGGACACGAUGGAUCUGGACCAGCUGCAGAGAGAAACUCUAAAAACGCAGCUGGAGGCUGCAAGAGAACAAAAGGAGGCUUCAAGAGUGAAGAAGGAAUAUUACACUUUGAAAUUACGUCUCUUACAAGGUCAGAUGAAAGCUGGUCGCUUCAGUUCGACGAUGUAGGAUGUGACGCGACUUUAACGAACUCUGGGAGGGAUGAAGCAUUUCCUGUGACAAGAAAUUACAAACAGAGAUGAGAAUUUUACCAUGAGUGUCAAGAAAAGAUUUCAAUCAUCUGUGGAAUUAAACUGGGAUGCCAGGGAAUAAAAUAAUGUGGAUAGACGUUAAUUUUGAACGGUUGUUUGUUUUUAUAUGUAAAUGUAUAUAGAAUUUUAUAUGUAAAUGUAAAAGAGGCUAUAUUUUAAGUUUUCUAAAGUAUCUCACUUUUUUAUUGAUAACAUGACAUUUUUCUCACUGCCUUCCUGUUACAUUUGACAUAAUUAUGUUACAAGAUGGUUUUCUGACAAUGUUGUAUGAAGUUUCUUUGUAUUUCAAGGUUAAAAUAAAAACUGAAGAAUGUUAAAAUUUU